GAAUCAUAGUCAACACUAGACGGUGGGUUUAUUCACGGGAAUCGUUCGCGCGCGUCUGGUUUCCUUGGUUACCCGAGUUCGUCGUGCAACCGACUGGACUUCUUGUUCGCGUUAUAUCGCCCAGAACCUGAGGCGGAUAGUCGAUCAUGUAACUGUAAAGGCUGGCUUUGAAUUUCGUUGCAAUGAAUAGAAUCAAGGGUCGAUGAUGAUUUGUGCGCGAUCGACCCCCGACAAAUGGUUGACGUACGAUGGAAAGGGCAUUGUGUUUACGACAAGCGAAAGGAUAGACCGUUUCGCCUUCGUGAUAGAUACAGUUCAACAGAAGGCCGUAUGAUUUUUAAGAAAUAUACUUCUUCUAUAUUAAUUGUGUGAUAUAGCGGCAUGAUCGGUUUUGUUUGAAACGGAAUAUAAUCAUUACAAGUACGAUCCCGGAUUGUGGAAUGUUCCCCGGGGACUGUUCAUCAUCAUCAGAGGAAGAAUCAGAAUGUAAGAGAUCUGAACUAUAUAUAGGCCUAUGAUGUAGUAUCGUAAUUGGAAACAUAAUAGGCCUCCUCUACAAGUUCAUAUUUAGCUGGUACUUCUAGCGCUCUUCUAGCGCUUUAAUUUGUAAUACAAACUAUGACGUUAUUUGCCUUAUUGUGCCGAACUUCAUGAUGAUCAUAAAACGCAAUUGCCAAAUUAUAUAUUCUUGGGAAUGUGAUUGAUUGCAACAGCGAUAGAUAUGGGAUCAUUACCGUCAGUCUGCGGCAGUGAUACAGCCGCAGUGGACCCCAGAGCUCAACCGCAUCACCACCGCCAACCAAGACAACGCCCAAUACAAGCUAGGGAAAGUUAUGAUAUCCUCGCCGGUCGACCACCGCCUCCACCGUAUAGCCGCAGCCAACCGAGCACAAACCGCGGUGACGUCGAGAAUCCUUACGAUAGUUACCGCGAUGGCUACCCGCAACGCCCACCUGGAUUCAAGCCGGCCGAACCACCCCCUCCAUAUACCUCACCCCUGCAUUCGAACCGUAUCCCUGCUCAGCCUCUGGCGGCGGUCACUGCUAGGUCUAGCGUGAUCAACGAUCCCGGUGACCUGUGGUUGUAUUCAGAACAACCGCCAUCGCCCAUUGACAAUAGUGGUGAGGCCGUGCUUGAAAACGGGGAUGAUGUCGAAGACUUUGCGACGCAUCCAGAUGGACAGCUUGUUAUUACCUCUGACAAGGAUUAUGAAAUACCCGCUAGCUGCCUCAAUAUUGACGGCUUAUUCGAGGAUCCGGAUUUUCCAGCAGAACCGGAAUCAAUUUAUUCUGACGGUUCUCGGGACGCUAGCAACAUCACAUGGAUGAGGCCACACGAGAUCCGUCAAAAUCCCUGUCUCGUAGUUGAUGGUUUCAGCCGACAAGAUGUUGUACAAGGAAAUCUUGGAGAUUGCUGGUUUCUAGCUGCUCUCUCUGCCGUUGCAAAGAUGCCCGCUCUUAUUCAAAAGAUUGUACCAAGCGGCCAGAACUUCAAAGACGAUUACACUGGCAUGUUCCGGUUUCGGUUCUGGCGGUUCGGACGGUGGAUAUCUGUAGUUGUUGAUGAUCGUCUUCCCGUGAAACACAAUAAACGAGUGUUCGCCCGUUCAAGCGAUUUCAACGAAUUCUGGCCGUCCCUGGUUGAGAAGGCGUAUGCCAAAUUACAUGGGAGUUACAGCGGUUUAUCGGGUGGCAUGGCGGCAGAUGCAUUCGUGGACUUGACCGGAGGUUUAGCAGAGGUUUAUGACCUUACUACUGAUGACCCGGAUGAGGUUUAUGGCAUUCUCUACCGGGGCACCCGAUCAGGAGCAUUCAUGUGCUGCUCGAGAAAGGUAAAGGAACUCAACACUUGACGUUUAAUGAACCACUUUAAUAAAGAGCCCAUGAUAGCAAAUCGGUGCCAUCUCGUUUCACGAAUGUUUUAGGUUUGUAUGUUACAAGGGGGUAAUGACUUCUUCUCGUUUAUUGCAUGAAAUGCUUUGAAUCAUGUGUGCAAAUAUUGCUUUAAUUUUAAAACGUUGGCAUAUUAAUGAAGGCAUGCAUACGGGGUUUUACCGAAAAUUAGAGGGUUUUUUUACUCAUGGUAAACGUCGAGAGAAACAAAAACAAAAUUCUACGGUAGAUGAAGAAGAGAGAGAGGGGGAUAAACGAGGGAGAGAUAACGAAAGAGGGAGAUGAGAACAAUAGAUGGGAUCCGGAUGAUAUGGGGAAAAGGACAAGUCAUUAACAAUUUUCCUGGUGAGAGAAUAGGGAGAUCGACGCAGAACUCAAAAAGAGAAUGCUUUAAUGACCUUCAUGAUAAUCUUUGGUGAAUCGAAAUAUUUCGGCCGUGACAUAAUUUUGCAAUUUUGUCAAGUUUUGAAACGGACGAAACUGCUGUUCGAUUCAAUUCGACAAAGACCUAUCAGGUUUCCAUUAGCUAUGUUCUAUGAUUGGUUCUGCAUUGCAGUGUGGAAACUUGAACGGGGUGAGUCAAUGAAUUGAGAAGAGUUGAUGCUGCGAGCGAGGGUAAGGACGCAGGAUCGAAUAUUAGAGGCAUGCAUGCUGAGAGGGGAAGGGAGCAGAGAUGAAUGACAGUUGGAGAGAACUAAGGGGGUUAGAGAUGGGGAGAAGAAUAGCGGUGGACUCGGAAAAGGGAAGAGAGAUGAUAUAGGAAAGAGAUUGAGAUUUGUAGAGAAACCGAGAGUUGACCAGAGAGAAGGGGAGGAAUUUUGCUAAAAUUAGGGGAGAGUAUUUGAAAAGGUGGCUAUAAGGGUAAAUUGCCAAUUCGUCCACUGCCAAAUUGUUCACUCAGCACAUGGUCUACCUUCAUUUAGUCUAAUGCCGUUCCGUCCAUCAACAGUUCAUCUAACCACCAUUUGGUUCAAUAAAUAUUUGAUCUAAAUCAUUUCGUCUUACCAGUUGGUCUAAUACCCAUUUUCUUUUCAUUCAUUCACUUUGUACAAUUAACAUUCAGUUUAAUUAGACCAAAUGGUAUAUGGACUAAAUGGGUAUUGAACCAACUGGUUAUUAGACGGAAUGGCAUUAGACUGAAUGAAAGUAGACCAUGUGGUGAGUGGACGAUCUGAUGGUAAACCAAAUUAUAGAAGACGAAUUGGAAAUAAAUGUUACAAGUACGGGAUGAGGCAGAAAUAGGAUGAGUGCGAAAGACUAGAAUGGAUUCAAAUUUCCGGGGGGAAAGUGAUGCUGAAUUUAAUCGCUUUACUCAUACAGUCUCAUGCCGCUUAUCAAUCUCUCGCGUAAAAACAAAAACCAAUGUUCUAUAUACUAAAAUAUUCCUGCCGAUAAUCUUAAAUAUUAAUAUUGUUCUAAUAUUCCUUAUUCAAACUUUCAAUGUACGAUAAUAUUGCAUAAAAUUAUGAUCAAAUCGAAUAUUUAGAUACAAUUACGUUUUGAAUCAUUUUAUGCAAUAUUUUCCAUCAUAUCAUUCAAUACUGGUCACUUCAAAAACACUCGCAAUUCACUCGCUGUAUUUUCUAUCAUAUUCCUCUCGUACAUUUAUCUGGUCGCUUUCACACAGAAUGUCUAUUUACUAAUUUUACACAGAAUGUGUACUACCAAUAACUAAAGGGAGAGCUUUUUUAAUUGCAUUUGAUGCUAGAUAUUUAAUAUGCCAGACUUCAAUGACUUGAUGGUAGAUAAUUAAAAUUUGAUUUUAAAACAUGGUGACCAAGUUGAUGAACAUGAAGAGGCGUUUGAAACUGACGAUAUUCAGACCUGCAGAGAAAACAAAAAUUAUCUAGUUAAUGUGUAUGAAUUCAUGAAAGUUUACCGCGAGUCAAAGUAUGUUAUAUUUAAACAGUAUUUUAAGUUUAUAAAAAUAUUACACUUAGUAUUAGGUUAUUAAUGGAUACUAUAACUUAAUGAUUUUCAUUUAUGUAAGAUAUGUUUUAGGAUUUAUAUACAAAACUAUUGUUUAUUAUCUUGAUGUCAAGUUUCAGAUAUGUAUUCCAGAAUUUUGUUAUGAAAAAUGUUGCAAAAACCAAUAAAUGAAAUGAAAUAAUUGUUUUAUAAGCUAUUAUCAAUGCCAUUAUACAGUUCUUUUUACCUCUGAAGUGCCAUUUGAUUCAACCUUGGUUACCAUACGCCGGAUCCCUGUGGAAUAGGAAACCGUUCGUGGAUAGUGUUAACUCUCGACUAUAAAUAGAAAGUAUUUAAAUACAGAGAAACUAUACUCACGCUCAAGUAAUAAAUUUACUUUUAUUUAAGGUUAAUUGUAUGAAAUCAAAAAUAGAAUAUACUUACACCCAAGUUGAAUCUGUGAAGAGAAGUGCAAUAUUUGUAAUGAAUAGAUAAUAGAAAGAUGUUUAAGUAUUGAUUGCUAAGGUUAACACUACCAACACAAAGUGUCUGAAUAUUAAUAUUAAUCUGUGAAGUUGUGCUAAAUCAUGGUAGGCCUAGUAGUAUUACAAAUAUGAAAUAAGAUAUAACUUACCCUUUUCCAAUUUUAACACCCUGCAUGCAGAUGGUUAAAAAGGUAAAAAGUGUUUUAAAUGAGCUUGGUUAUGACCUGAAGAUGUGUCCAAAUUACAUAUCAUUUGACGGGGUAAUUACGUUUAAACUUAGUACAAUAUUAAAAUAUUCAAAGGAUUAGAUUUGAAAUUAUACUUACGUCUAGGUUGAAUCUGCAUAAAAGGAAAUGAGAAAUUUGUAUUAGAAAGCUGCAUGCAUUUGUUUGAAUGGCAAUAUUUUGGUAGGUUCUUCAAAGGAAUCACUUACCCUUUUUGAACUCCACCACCCUGAAAGAAAAAAUUAAAACAAAUGUU